AUGGACAUGGGCAGGAUCACAUUCUAUGAGGAGAAGAACUUCCAGGGUCGCUCCUAUGAGACCAGCAACGACUGCCCUGAGCUCACCUCCUACCUGAGCAGGUGCAACUCCUGCAGGGUGGAGAGUGGCCUCUUCAUGGUCUACGAGAAGCCCAACUUCAUGGGCCAACAGAUGCUGGUGAGGAGGGGCGAGUACCCUGACAACCAGCGCCUGAUGGGCAUGACUAUGAGCGACUGCAUCAGGUCCAGUCGCAUGAUCCCCACGCACAGGGGACCCUUCAGGAUGAAGAUCUACGAGAAGGAGAACUUCGGAGGCCAGAUGCACGAGCUGAUGGACGACUGUGACAACAUGCAGGAUCGUUUCCGCAUGAACGAGUGCCAGUCCUCCAAUGUGAUGGAGGGCCACUGGCUGAUGUUCGAGCAGCCCAACUACAGAGGCAAGAUGAUGUACCUGAGGCCAGGAGAGUACAGGAACCUCAGAGAGAUGGGGAUGAGCAACAUGACCAAGUUCAGCUCCAUGAGGCGCAUCAUGGACUCCUGUUAACUCUGAAUGUACGGGGAAAUAAAGA